AUGGCUUCGCCCGACGCUGAGGUUGGUGCACUUCCGUCACUGCACGCCCUCACGCUUUCUCCCACGCCUGCGACUCCUUCCCCGUCCACCUCGACCACCCCCGCACCGCCUCAACUCUCAUCAAACGACGCUGCCACACCACCAGCCGCGCAGAACGGACAGCGGGACUCGCAGGACAGUCGAAGAUAUGCUGCCGAGAUCACCUACCGGGCUUACCGCGGCGAGGAGGACAUGGACGUGAUCGUCGAGUUGGUCGACGACGAGUUGAGCGAACCGUACAACCUGUACACGUACCGGUACUUCCUCGACGACUGGCCUCAUCUCUGCUUCUUCGCCUACGCUGGCGAACUCCCCAUCGGCGUGAUCGUCUGCAAGCAAGAACCGCAUAUUAAGUCGUCUAAAUCGGUACCAAUAGACGACAUCGAUCCCAGCAAGGGCGAGCAAGGGCGACGGAGACCGCUGAAUCGAGGGUACUUGGCGAUGUUGAGCACGCGGAAAGGCUAUCGGGGGCGAGGCGUUGCCACCCACCUCCUCCGACUAUCGCUGUCCAUCAUGAUCCGCCCACCGCCUUCCCUCCUCGACUCCUUACCGCCCGACCACCCUUCCCGCCAGCCAGUCGACGAGAUCGUCCUCGAGACCGAAGCCGACAAUGACGCCGCGCUCGCCUUCUACGCCAAGAUGGGGUUCGUGCGGGAGAAGAGGCUGUACCGGUUUUAUCUGAACGGGAAGGACGCGUAUCGGCUGCGGCUCGAUCUGACGAGGAGCAGACCGGUCGAAGCAGGGAAUGCAGCACGGUGA